AUGACGCUCUCUCCGGCCGAGGAAAAUGUCCAUGGCGGGAGACAACAGCUGAAUAAAUUUUCACGUAACAACCAGUUGGCACGCUGCGGCUCUCCGCAUCUUCGAUCCCAAAGCAGGGAGAACCCUUCUCAACCAAUCACCGUGCCUGCCAAAAAAAAAAGGAUGCCCAGCCAGUCACAGCUUGCGCCUGACGAAGUGCACGAGGCGAACUACGCAGCACUAGGCCUGGAUUGGCAUCGCGAAAGGGCUGAGGACGCUCACUCACUCGUAUCUCUCCCACUCGUAUCAGUAUAA